GUCGAGGACCUUCCGGUAUUUAAUGCAAUUUUAUUGAUAAAGAUACUUCGCAUUUGAUUACACACGUUACACCCGUGUCAAAGUUUAUCAAUCCCUCUAUAAAAUAAACAAACCUGUCAGUCUUUUAUUGUCCAAGAUGAUCUUUCUCUCAAGUUUUUUAAGGUUUUAGCUCUCCUAGAAGAAUGGCAAGAACCUCACUUGUUUUCCUCUUGCUUUCCCUUUUGUACAUUGCUUGUCAGGCCAGAUCUCCAACCGCUGCAAGCUCUCGUGCCUCAAAUUUCAUCAAGGCUUCAUGUAGUGCCACCAAAUAUCCAGCAAUUUGCGUCCAAUCUCUCAAAGCAUUUGCCCCUUCAAUCCAGCAGAGCCCCCGCCAAUUGGCUCAGACUGCCCUGUCCGUGAGCCUAGACAGGGCUAAGUCCACCCAGGCAUUCGUGUCCAAAAUGAUAAAAUUCAAGGGACUUAAGAAGAGGGAAUACGAAGCAAUCAAAGAUUGCAUGGAGGAGAUGAGUGAUAGUGUGGACAGGCUCAGCAAAUCAGUACAAGAGCUGAAGCACGUGGGUGAAGCCAAGGGUCAAGACUUCUUGUGGCACGUUAGCAAUGUGGAGACCUGGGUUAGUGCUGCACUAACCGAUGAGAACACUUGCGUAGAUGGGUUCGCAGGGCGGGCCUUGGAUGGUAAGGUAAAGGCCUCGAUCAGAGCUCGUGUCGUCAAUGUUGCUCAAGUCACCAGCAAUGCUUUGUCAUUGGUUAACCAAUUUGCCUCAAAGCAGUAAUAAGCGAUCAACCAAAUGUUGGUUGCUCUUGCAGAGAAGUUUUUUCUUUUUUUUUUUUUUUA